CGUCCCAUGCCCCGCAUUUACGCCACGCCACCCGAGGCCGGCCUGCCCCAGCUAGCCAGCGCCCAGCAGUAAACACAGGAGCCAGCCAGCCACCAGCGCCCGGGGGGUUCUUUCUUCAAGGAGCCAGACCAAGCACGGCUUCUUCCCCUUCCUUUGCUUGGCUUCCCAGAGAAGACAGGUAUCCUUGUCCCUGCCCCCAUUCCCUUCCUCCCACUCCAAGCUUCCUCUCAGUCAGAAGAGCCCGAGAGAGCUGAGAGCUGUGCUUCGCUGGCCAAGGAGGAGGAGGAAGAGAUGAGCGUGACCAAGUUCAUCAAGUGCGUCACGGUGGGGGACGGCGCCGUGGGCAAGACCUGCAUGCUCAUCUGCUACACCAGCAACAAGUUCCCCACAGACUACAUCCCCACGGUGUUCGACAACUUCAGCGCCAACGUCUCCGUGGACGGCAACAUCGUCAACCUCGGCCUAUGGGACACCGCUGGGCAAGAAGACUACAGCAGGCUCAGGCCGCUGAGCUACAGAGGCGCGGACAUAUUCGUUCUCGCCUUCUCCCUCAUCAGCAGCGCGAGCUACGAGAAUGUUCUUAAGAAGUGGAUGCCGGAGCUUCGCCGAUUCGCGCCGAAUGUUCCGAUUGUUCUUGUCGGGACCAAGCUAGAUCUCCGUGACCACAGAGCUUACCUCGCCGACCACCCUGGUGCUUCAACAAUCACAACUGCACAGGGCGAAGAGCUUAGGAAGCAGAUAGGCGCCGCGGCCUACAUCGAGUGCAGCUCGAAGACGCAGCAGAACGUCAAGGCUGUCUUCGACACUGCCAUCAAGGUGGUCCUUCAGCCACCAAGGAGAAGGGAGGCGAUGGUGGCCAGGAAGAAGAAGACUAGGCGAAGCUCUGGCUGCUCGAUUAAGCACUUGAUCUGUGGCAGCACCUGUGUCGCGUAGGACCCUGGACUGGAUUCUGGAGAUGAAGCAAGUUGCUGUAGUGGCAAGUGAAUUUGCUGACAUAGCAUGUAUUUCUUUUCAGUGCUAUUUAGUUAGUAUGUUGUGUGUUUUGGUUUCAACUCGUAGACCUAGAGCGUCAGGCCCUGGGAUUGACUUGUCGGAUUGGUGUAAUGUUAUGUAACAAGGUUGUGGAACAGCUCGAUACAAGCAAGCUAUAACUUUUAUGCCC